UUCUGGUUGUAGUGUAAAACAUUCCUGCAUGCUCGCAGAUAGACAUCAUUGUGUUCCAGCUGUCUUGGAGCUCACAUUUGGUGGGAGUGUGUGUUUAUCCGUGGGCGGUUUAGGAGUUGGUGCAUGGGAAAAGUGUGUGUUUUUUAAGUGUGUGUCGCUACAGUGUUGCAGGAAGCUUCCUUUAGAAAGGGAAAUAGUUUAGUUACCCCCCUUUUUUUUUUUUUUUUGCAAGGACCCCCGGCGGGUCUCGAACUCCAAUUGGAGAACAUUCCAUGCUGCCAUUGUGUUCAAUUCGCAGCGGGCUGUUGGCAAACUUAAAGGUACCCGCGCCUAGACGUUGAUUAUCGGGCGCGAUGUGAAAUGUGCGAGUGUUGAAGCGGCGAUCGUCCUCGCCGCUCGUUGUUUCUUUUUCUUCCCCUCGUCCCCGGACACCUCCACUCCUCGGCGGCCGCACGCUGUGUGGAGGCAGCACGUAGAGCAGCGAAGGAAGGAAGGAAGAAAGAAAGAAAGGAAGGAAGUGGGGCAAGGGAUGCAUUUUAAUACCAAAUCGGGACACAUGUUGAGCUAACGGCCCGCUCCACCUCCCCGCUUCUCCUCCGAAACGUUUGUUCCUCCGAUCCUCGCUUUGGAUCAAGCCAGCGGAGAGAAAGCACCAUCAUGGAUCCCAGUAAAAUAGCAGUCAGCAUCAACAAGGCCAUCAACACGCAGGAGGUCGCUGUCAAAGAGAAACAUGCGAGGACUUGCAUUUUGGGGACGCAUCACGAGAAAGGCGCCCACACUUUCUGGGCAGCAAUCAACCGGCUUCCUCUCUCCAGCAAUGCGGUGCUCUGCUGGAAGUUCUGCCACGUCUUCCACAAACUGCUGCGAGAUGGACAUCCACACGUGAUAAAGGACUCUAUGAGGAAUAAAGCGGAUUUGACCGAUAUGAGCAGAAUGUGGGGUCACUUAAGUGAAGGCUACGGCAAGCUCUGCAGCAUCUACCUCAAACUGCUCAUCACCAAAAUGGAGUUUCACAUCAAAAACCCACGGUUCCCUGGCAACCUGCAGAUGUCAAACAGACAGCUUGAAGAGGCGGGAGAGAAUGACGUCAACAACUUCUUCCAGUUAACCGUGGAGAUGUUCGAUUAUCUUGAGUGUGAACUCAACCUCUUCCUCAGUGUGUUCAGCUCGCUGGAUAUGUCUCGGUCAGUGUCGGUGACGGCAGCAGGCCAGUGUCGUCUGGCCCCGCUCAUCCAAGUCAUCUUGGACUGCAGCCACCUGUAUGACUACACCGUCAAGCUGCUCUUUAAACUACAUUCAUGCCUUCCAGCAGACACUCUCCAGGGCCACAGAGAUCGCUUCCAGGAACAGUUUAAGAAGUUGAAGAGUCUGUUUUAUCGAUCCAGUAAUUUGCAGUACUUCAAGAGGUUGAUUCAGAUUCCACAGUUGCCUGAGAAUCCGCCAAACUUCCUACGUGCGUCUGCCUUGUCGGAGCACAUCAGCCCCGUGGUCGUGAUCCCAGCCGAGUCGUCUUCACCAGAGUCAGAACAUCUGGUAGAAACUGAAGACCUGGUGGACACAGACGUCCCCGUCCUGCCGGCUCCUUUGGAGACCAAGUUUGACGACCUGUUUGGCACCUCCGCUGCAAUCGACCCCUUCAACUUCAACAAUCAGAAUGGGAUGCGCAAGGAUGAUAAAGACCGACUCAUUGAACAGCUGACCAAGGAGAUCCAAGCCCUUAAAGAUGAGUUGGAAUCAUUCCGGCUGGAGAGUGGACGAUUAUGUCAGGCAUUGAGGGGGCGUGUCAAUGAGCUGGAGGCGGAGCUUGCGGAGCAGAGCCACCUGAGGCUACAAGCAGCAGGGGAGAGCGAGUUCCUGAGGGCCGAGCUUGAUGACCUGAGGAGGGUCAGAGAGGACACGGAGAAAGAGCAGCGGAGUCUGACUGAGAUAGAAACUGCGCUCAACCUGCCUGGCUACUGGACACCUUCUCCACUGAUAAAUAGCCCCCUUGAAAAAGCCCAGGCUAAUGAGCAGCGCUACACCAAGCUUAAGGAGAAGUACAGCGAGCUGGUGCAAAGUCAUGCUGACUUACUGAGGAAGAAUGCAGAGGUGACCCGGCAGAUGACGGUGGCCCGGGCAGCGCAGGAUGAAGUGGACGCAGUGAGGAAAGAGAUGCAGGACAAGGUGAAGGCCGCCCAGGAGGCCGCAGGCAGACAGGAACAAAAGCAGAGGGAGCACCUUGAGGAGAUGCAGAGAGAGCUGUUGUCCAGCAGGGCGGAGCUGGACUCCAUCAAGACCGUCAUGGCCUCGUCACAACAGUCAAGCGAGGCUCUCGGCACGCAGCUGGCCGCCCUGGAAUCUGAGAAAGCGGCACUGGUCGAGUCCUUGUCCAAAACAGAGACGGAGCUGGCCGUUCGGGGGGAGGACCUUGAGCGGGUUCAAACCUCAUUGGCCAGUGAGAGGGAGAGCGGCGUGAAGACUGCAGAAGCCCUACAGAAUCAGCUCAACGAUAAGGAGAGCAGGGAGCAGGCUUUAGAGAGCCAGCUGGUAGCGGCACGCUGGUCCAGUCUGCAGGGAGCUGUGGAAGAGGCAGAGAGGAUCAUCCAAGACUCACUCGCCCAGAUCGACGACCCGGCACACAUCAGCUGCACCAGCUCAGCAGACUACUUGGCAUCCAGAUGUCAAGCCUCUUUAGACUGUGUGGACAAGCUCCAUACUGCCAGAGACGCCUUCCUGGCUGACGACACAGGUGUUUUUCAGUUGCUUAAAGUGGUGACCCAAUGUGGACACCUAGUGGGCGACACCAUUGUUCAGGGCAGUGCCACCUCUCACAUGGUGCCUGUGGAACAGGCUGAUGUUCUGUCAGAAAGUGUGAAGGCGUGUGGGACAGAGGCGCUGGUUCUGCUGGGCCACAUGAAAAAGCGGGAGAGCCUGACGACAGCAGACAACAGCAAGCUGAAGGCGACUCUCCAAACCAUGCUGGCCUCUGCAGAGAAACUACGUCCUCGGGGUUUGGAGCUGCAGCAGGGGGAGCUGGGCGAUCUUGUGGAGCAGGAAAUGGCGGCCACAUCUGCAGCUGUGGAGUCGGCUGCUGCCCGGAUAGAGGAAAUGCUCAACAAGUCUCGGGCAGUUGAUACAGGCAUCAAGAUGGAGGUCAAUGAGAGGAUCCUAGCGUCGUGUACAGAUCUGAUGACGGCCAUCAAGAAGCUUGUUCUUUCUUCCAAAGAUCUGCAAAGGGACAUAGUAGAGAGUGGGAGGGGAGCAGCAUCCACUAAGGAAUUUUAUGCCAAAAACUCCCGCUGGACAGAGGGCCUUAUAUCUGCCUCCAAGGCAGUCGGCUGGGGCGCAACUGUCAUGGUCGAUGCGGCUGAUCUGGUGGUGCAGGGCAAAGGGAAGUUUGAGGAGUUGAUGGUGUGUUCUCAUGAAAUCGCUGCCAGCACCGCACAGCUUGUCGCCGCUUCUAAGGUGAAAGCCGACAAAGACAGCAGCAACUUGCACCGCCUGCAGCAAGCGUCCAGAGGCGUCACCCAGGCAACGGCUGCUGUGGUGGCCUCCACCAAGUCUGGGAAGUCCCAGAUUGAAGAUAAAGACACCAUGGAUUUCUCCAGCAUGACGCUCACACAGAUCAAACGACAGGAGAUGGACGCUCAGGUGCUGGUGUUGGAGCUGGAGACACGUCUGCAGAAGGAGCGCGAGCGUCUCGGAGAGCUGAGGAAGAAACAUUACGAGCUGGCCGGGGUAGCGGAGGGCUGGGGGGCGGACGGCGAAGGUUCAGGUUGACCGCCAGCCUGCCUUCCACCUGAAGAAACUUCUUUUCUUUUCUUUUUAAUUUAUACUCUUCCCCUCUGCGUGUCUCGCUUUUGGUUUUUCCCCCUCUGCCAUUUGUCAAUCAAGCCAAAUGAAACGGUGCUUGUUCUCUCAACCUGCUUCUUCUUCUUCUUCUUCUUCACACGUGUGGGACGGACGCAGAGCCCCACUCCAACAUUAUUUAUUAUUUCCACACACCCGCGGUUGACGAGCACAAGUUGCAAGCACACUUGCUCCAAACAAGGAGGGCCAGAUCCUCCAAAUGCGGCGUAACAAAGAGAACUAAGAGCGCAUCUUUCUCACUGCCUGUAAAGUCGGUGGUCUUCACCUCCGCCUUUCACCUUUGGAACAAACCCGACUGUUAAAAAUCCAGCUUUCCUCCCGUGUUUGUCAAAGAAAUAGAACUCUGCUCUCAAAGCGGGACAGCAAAUACGUGAUUUACAUUUCUAGUUGACAUAUUUUUGUAUUAAGAAAAACACUAAAAGUCUGCUGCCUUUAAUUUCAUGACCUCUGGUAUCGGAGCGUCUCAAGAAAUUAGAAUAUAUUUUAAAAGUUCAUUCUUUUCAGUAGUUGGAUUGAAAAUUCAGACUUCCGCACAAUAUUCUAAUUAUUUGACAUGCAUUGUUAGUGUUGCAAUAACACAGCUGCUUUGGAAUGUUCUCCAACUACUACUUUUUUAUGUACCUGUCACAACGUACCUGCUUUAUCACAUCAUGCCCUUAAAGGAAAACUGCACUUGUUGUGGAAAUGUGCCCAUCGUCCGCAAUCCUCUUUUCUUUCCCUUUUUAAGUGCGUUUUAAUAGUCAUUUAUGUAAUUAAUUACUUUUCUAGCAUCGUGACACAUCCUCUGACCAGUAGCGAGGAAUGGUAAAUGGGUUAUAUACAGUAUAGGCAACAGAUAUAAAUCCUCGGUUACAUUGGUGGCAGCAGUGGGAUUAUAUCCGUCGCCUAUACUGUAUAAAACUACAAAAUAACAAACAUGGAGGCUCCAGUUUUACACGAGGACCACUUUAUUUCGUUUGCUUCCAAAACUUCCCUCCACCAAAACCUGUCACCUCACUUCCGCUCUUAGCGCCUUCAAAAUAAGAGCUGAAGGCAUAUACUGUAUGACAGCUUAUAACAGGAACUUAACAUCACAAAAAGGCAAGUCCAUAAAAAUAGGUUACAGAAGCUACUAGUGAGUAGCCAGCCAUUAGCGACUAGCGAGUAGCCGGCCACUAACAACUACUUGCAAGUAGCCAACCAUUAGCUACUAGCAAGUCGAGUAACCAACCAUUAGCUAAUAUUAAGUCGAGUAACCAAUCAUUAGCUACUAUCAAGUCGAGUAACCAACUAUUAGCUACUAGCGAGUCAAGUAACCAACCAUUAGCUACUAGCAAGUCGAGUAACCAACCAUUAGCUACUAGUGAGUAGCCAGCCAUUAGCUACUAGCGAGUAGCCGGCCACUAACGACUUGCAAGUAGCCAGUAGCCAACCAUUAGCUACUAGCAAGUUGAGUAACCAACCAUUAGCUAAUAUUAAGUAAAAUAACCAACCAUUAGCUACUAGCAAGUCGAGUAACCAACCAUUAGCUACUAGCGAGUCAAGUAACCAACCAUUAGCUACUAGCAAGUCGAGUAACCAACCAUUAGCUACUAGUGAAUAGCCAGCCAUUAGCUACUAGCGAGUAGCCGGCCACUAACGACUUGCAAGUAGCCAGUAGCCAACUAUUAGCUACUAGCAUGUCGAGUAACCAACCAUUAGCUACUAGCAAGUCGAGUAACCAACCAUUAGGUACUAGUGAGUCAAGUAACCAACCAUUAGCUACUAGCGAGUCGAGUAACCAACCAUUAGGUACUAGUGAGUAGCCGGCCACUAACGACUUGCAAGUAGCCAGUAGCCAACCAUUAGCUACUAGCAAGUCGAGUAACCAACCAUUAGCUACUAGCAAGUCAAGUAACCAACCAUUAGUUACUAACAAGUCGAGCAACCAACCAUUAGCUACUCGCGAGUUGAGUAACCAAACAUUAGCUACUAGCAAGUCGAGUAACCAACCAUUAGCUACUAUCAAGUUGAGUAACCAACCAUUAGCUACUAGCAAGUCGAGUAACCAACCAUUAGCUACUAGCAAGUCGAGUAACCAACCAUUAGCUACUAACAAGUCGAGCAACCAACCAUUAGCUACUCGCGAGUUGAGUAACCAACCAUUAGCUACUAGCAAGUCGAGUAACCAACCAUUAGCUACUAUCAAGUUGAGUAACCAACCAUUAGCUACUAUCAAGUUGAGUAACCAACCAUUAGCUACUAGCAAGUCGAGUAACCAACCAUUAGCUACUAGCAAGUAGCCGGCCACUAGCCUCUAGCGAGUAGAUGAGCAAAUGACUGUAAACAUGACACGUUAUCAUGAACGUGUUCAUACAUUACAGUAUAUACAGUAUACUGUACGUACAGUAUAUACAGUAUACUGUACGUACAGUAUAUAUACUGUAUGUACAGCAUGUCAUUAAAAAUAAAUGCUAGCCCCAUGACCUGCAUUGUUAGCCCUUUCUAAUUGCAGUUUUUUACUCUAUGGAAUGCCCAGAAAGAGGAAAGCGGUGUGUGUUUAGGCCACAUUGUGGAUGAUAGACAAAAGUCCAAAAGUGCAGUUUCCCUUUAAUACUUUGGGGAAAAGCCAAGACGAAGGUGCAGGUUCCAACUGGCUGAGCUUGAAGACCGCAUAGCUGUGUGUGUAAAUAAGUCAACAUUUGUGUUUUCUUCAUAUCCGUGGAGUUAGGAAAGCAAAGUAGACACCAGUAGAAGUCAUCUCUUUGCCCUCAGAAGGGCUUUUAUACCACACAUCUUCCUGCUUCCGCAUCUUUGUGUGUCUUCAACCUCAUGCAGAAGCUAAAAGUUUGUACGUGCACAUCAGACGGUGCUUGCCAAUAAUACUUGUAGUUCUAGGAACACAAAGCCAAGUUAAGUUGUGGUUACAAACAGUCAAGAGUUCUAACCGCUUUAGUUGUGUUCCUCUAUGACGUCACACUACAGUCUUCAUCAUUUGGAUGACUUUUAAACCGUGUUGAUUAAGGUGUCGUAGAGGACGACGUUGAGUGAUUAAUGGUUGUUUAUGUUUCCUUGUCAUAAGUGUGUGUGGUGUGUCAUCUACCAGCUCAGUCUGUGGUGUAUCAUGAUCUACCAGCUCAGUCUGUGUUGUGUCAUCUACCAGCUCAGUCUGUGGUGUGUCAUCUACCAGCUCAGUCUGUGGUGUGUCAUCUACCAGCUCAGUCUGUGGUGUGUCAUCUACCAGCUCAGUCUGUGGUGUGUCAUCUACCAGCUCAGUCUGUGGUGUAUCAUCUACCAGCUCAGUCUGUGGUGUGUCAUCUACCAGCUCAGUCUGUGGUGUGUCAUCUACCAGCUCAGUCUGUGGUGUGUCAUCUACCAGCUCAGCCAGCCUUUCAAACUGCCUCACACUGUAGUGACACAAGUGCUCACAUUGUCUUUGGGCCAUUUACUAAAAGAAAAAAGAAAUAAAACUGUCGGUGGGUUUGUUUUUAUUUUUUCAGUUUUUGAAAUAAAUAUUUCAACUUGUCAAUACA